AACCUUCUUUCACUUUCACUUUAAAUCAUAUUUUCAUUUUGCAGCAUAUGUGUCUGUUUUAUUAAGAACAUAAUUAUUUUUUGUUAGAAUAAAUCCAGAAUUGAAUUGCUGUCUAUUCAGUUAAGUUAAAUUGUUUUCGAUCGUUGGCGUCUUGUGCAAAAUUGAAUUGUGACAAAAAGUAGAUAAAAAAAAUGUGGGCGUCUACAGAAGAUUUGUGUAAUUUCUUAAGUUUAACAGUGGUAUCACUAUGUAUCAUAAUGAAAGUACCACAGAUAUGGAGUGCUUUCAAAACAGGGAACACACAUGGGAUAAGCUUGAAAAGUGUUCUUCUUGAACAGACCGGGUAUUCAAUAAUGUUGUCCUACAGUUUUGCAAUGGAGUAUCCGGUUACAACAUACCUUGAAACAGCUUUUCUUCUUGUACAAAAUUUCUUCAUGUUGGCUUUGAUUGUGUACACACGAGAUCUUCUGUCGCCAAAAGUCAUCCUCAUCCUUGCAGUAUAUAUGACCCUGUUUUCUUCAAUUGCUUACAGAGUAGUUCCUGACAUUGUCUUAAAAUCUGUUAUUGUCCUAUGUACACCAUUAGGGGUUUCCAGUAAGUUCGCACAGAUUCUGGACCUCUACAGACAGAAAGAACCUGGGCGUCUAAGUGCCAUGACCUGGAGUAUAGCAGGAUAUGGAUGCUUUGUCCGAGUGCUGACAAACAUAGUGCAGACAGGUGACUGGUUCAUUGUUUUGAACUUUUCCUGUGGAGCCACACUCAACACAACUAUAGUGGCCAUGAUAUUAUAUUAUACACAUCAGAAGAAAUCAAAACUGUUUUAGAACCAUUAACUGAAGACCAGUACAAACAUGGACAGUGAUGCUGUGAUACUGUUUCAUGGACAAAAUCAGAAAUAAAUGGAGGAAUCAAAACUUGUCAAGGGUGGUGAACCAGAGAAAAAAAUCAUUAUAGUCAGUUUCAAUUUUGUCUUUUCUCUCUACUAUUUAAAAAAAUCCAAACUUUACUACGUCCGUGAACUAUAUAUGUCACUUAGUCAGUGGUUCUCUUGUUAUUUUUCUCAUCAAAAGAAAUCAAUGACUAGAACAGAAAUAAAUGAAGGCAUUAAAACUUUACUAGGUUGGUAAACCAAAGAAAAACUACCAUUAUAGUCCCUUUUAAUGUUGUGUAUUAUUAUUUACUAUUGUAAAAUUCCAAACUUAACUAGGUCUGUUUACCAUAGGAGUUUAUAUGUAACUCAGUUAGUGGCUGUCUUGGAGUUUCUUUUUUCUCCUAAUAAGGAAUCUAUGACAAAAACAAAAAUGAAAGAAGGAACCAAAACUUUACUAGGGUAGUGAACAUGAGAAAAAUGGAAUCAAAUCUUGACUAGGGUGGUAAACAUGAGAAAAUAUUAUUAUAGUCAGUUUCAAUGUUGUUUAUCUACCACAAGGUCCACACAGCAUAAUGACGGAGUUUCAUUUUCUCUCAUUGGAAGAAAUCAAAACUACUAGUUUGAUGAAACUAAAUACGCAAGGAAAUGAUGGUCACAAACACAGUCAUUAACACUGUGAUAAAUUCAGGGACAACAAUAUGAUAUUAUUGCUAUACAUUACAUGUAAUUGUUAAUUUUGUAAACCUGUUUUUUAAAUGAAUAAUGAAGGAGUUAAACACCGACCUGAUACAGUAGUUUGAAUUAGAACAACAGUAAAUUGUCAAGCAGUAUUUGUAAGUUCUCUUUGUAACAGCUGACUUCAUGACUAUUACCUUAUAUUUUCAUCGAUUUUUAAGCACCAGUGUAAAAUAGGGCUUCUUUUUUAUUAUUUUAUUAUUGAUAUGUGUAAUUUCAUGUCUUGCCAAAUGUUCUUAUUUACGUUUGUUACUGUUUAUGCAAACAUUUAAACUUAUUGUGUCUUAAGUAAAUCAAAAUAAAUUGAU